AUGACGCCGCACUCUGCCAUGGCUUGGUCACUUUCGACUCCGGUCUCUAAUGCACCGUUAUCCCUCCCCGGUGUAUCUUCUUUCGUCGCGUCGGCUGGAUUUCCGACGUCGGCUUUUUCGGCAUAUUAUUAUUCACCUGCAAAGCCAACACGGCAGCCUCAACCAAUGAUUUAUGACCCAGUUCUGAACAUCACAUUUCCCCACAACUUAACAAAUCCAGAUACUAUACCAGACGACAAGUCGGAUCCAAUCUAUUUCCCGGGUCCAGUCAAGAACUUGUCUUACACGCAGAAGCAUGCAUUAAUUGACGAAAUAAAGGUCAAUGUCCCGCAAAUCCUGCAGUCAGAUGCCACAAAGGACAGUUGCGCCAAAUGCAAGAAGGCCUUGGCAGCAGCCAAGCCCGCCGCUCUAUAUGCGCCGACCUGGGUACCAGAUGCUAUGAUUUCACUAUGUCAAGAAUACCAGCUCAAGUCAAAUGACAGCUGUGAGGAUGAGUUUGCUGCGUCGAUAUUUGGAGCGACCUGGACGCAGGUGCUGGCGUAUGCAGAUGUCGAGGGCCUUGAUGGCGACUAUAUCUGCAACUUCUUCAAUCCGUCUUCCUGCGCGAAGCCAAAGACGAGUCCAUUGGAUACGACGACUCUCUUUCCCAAAUCUAAACCAGCGAAUGCGAGUGUGCCUAAACCCAGCGGUGAACGAGUCAAGGUGCUGCACUUGUCGGAUAUCCACUUGGAUCCACGGUAUUCGGUGAGCUCCGAAGCGAACUGUUCGGCCGGCAUGUGCUGUCGUAAGAACGAAUACAAUGCUCAAUUUGAUGACCAAAUUGUUCUACCUGCAUCCGCAUAUGGCGCAUACAAGUGUGACACACCAUAUGAUUUGGCUCUGGCGGCUUUGGAAUCGGUUGGCCCUUUGACCGGAACGGCGAAUGGCAGCCCUCUCGCUUGGACAUUAUAUACGGGUGACCUGGUAUCUCAUGAGCCCGAGAACCAGUUGUCCCAGAAAUACGUGGAGUACACAGAGACUAGCAUCUUCGAUAUGCUGAAAAAAUACCUUGGGGGACCGGUCUUCCCAGUGCUGGGAAAUCACGACACUGCUCCGUCCAAUAUCGACUCACCACAUAGCCUCCCGGGACGCCUUGGAGAACAACAGAGCUGGAACUUUGAACAUGUCACGGGAUUGUGGAAGCAUGAAGGAUGGAUCGACGCAAAGACAGCAGAUGAAGCACGGACACAGUACGGCGGUUAUUCUGUCAAGACGCACUACGGUCUUCGUAUUAUUGCAUUCAACAGUGACUUCUGGUAUAAAAGCAACUACCUAAACUUCAUCAACACCACCAACCCCGACAACUCUGGCACCUUCUCCUGGAUGAUCACCGAACUCCAACAUGCAGAAGACAACCACGAACGCGUCUGGAUAAUAGGCCAUGUCCCCAGUGGCUGGGAUGGAAGCAACGCAUUCCCCAACCCAACCAACCUCUUCUACCAAAUCAUCGACCGCUACUCUCCCCACGUCAUCGCAAACGUCUUCUUCGGCCAUAACCAUGAAGACGAGUUCAUGGUCUACUACGCCGACAACGGGACCAUUCAGAACAGCAAUACGGCAUUGACGACCGGCUGGAUCGGUCCCAGCAUCACGCCCCUAACAAACCUGAACAGCGCAUUCCGCCUCUACGAAGUCGACACAGGCGACUUCAACAUCUACAACGCCUACACAUUCUUCAGCAACGUCUCCGAAUACUCCUCCCUCCAUGAAACAGGUCCAAUCUUCCGCCUUGAAUACUCAACCCGUGAAACCUACGGUCCCGCGGCAAACUGGGACGCAAACGCACCAUUGAACGCGACAUUCUGGCACCGCGUGACGGAAGGCAUGGAGAAAGACUUGAGUCUCGUGAGCUGGUUUAAUGCACUGCAGGGGAAGAGGAGCAUUAAGAGUCCGGCGUGUGAUAGUGAAGAGUGUCAGUUGGCGAAGAUUUGUUACAUGCGAAGUGGGAGUUCUGCGUUGGGGAGGGAGUGUGUUCAGGGGUAUGGGUCUGUUCAGAGUGAUUUUAAGGUAUAG